AUGAUUUUAUUACCUCAAUUAAAUGGAGAGUUCUUCAAAGCAGCUUCGUGUCUUAAUCUGUUGAGAAAAAUAGUAAAAUUAAUUCAGUGUAGCUUCAUUUAUUUGUGCAUGAAAAUGAGCUCUGAAGAUAAGUCCUCUGCUGGGACAUCGCUGAAAAAUUUUGUGUCUGAAAAGGAAAUUGUAGAACGGCGUCAGAAACGGCAAGAAGAAUGGGAGAAAGUUCGAAGACCAGAUCAGCCCUUGGAAUGUCCUGAAGAAGAUUCCCGCAGUUUAUUCGAAAGACUUCAAGAACAAAAACAGAAAAAAGAUGAGGAAUAUGAAGAAGAACAAAGAAUCCGAAAUUCUGUAAAAGGAUUGGAAGAAGAUGAAGUCAGAAUUUUUAACCUUAACUUUCUUCACGAAGCAGCUGUCACUAAAAUUGGAGAAAGCAAAGAGGUGAAAACUGAAGAAAAGAAGGUUCCUCGGUUGCAAGUUGGAGCUUCCAAAUCCAAGUCCCAGGCUCAACUACUCAUGGGGGCAGUGAAAAGGAAAGCUCCAAGUCAGGAAAAAAAACCUGAAGGAGAUGAAAAGAAAAAAGCCAGUUCAUCUCCGCAAGAUGAAGGCUGUCCUCAAGUGAAGACGUCUCGAUCCGAUCAGCCAUAUGUCAAGUACAUUCUGCCAAGUAUUGGCCCCUAUUCUUAUCCCAGCUCUGAAUCGGAGACAUCGAGCAGUGAAGAUUCUGAGCUUGAUGCUCCCUUCACUCAGUCCUCUACUCUUCUCUUCCUCCUCACACCCCACUUAGUCUCAUGCCCAUAUCUUCCUCUUCAAUCCUCCCCCUUCAGUUCUGUACUCUUCUUCCUCCUGAAUCUCUCUGUAGUCCCGUAUUUUUCUCUUCUUCCUCUUCACCCCCCCCACUCAGUCCCUUUGCUGUUAUCUUCUUCAUCUUUAAUUCCCACUUCUGUACUCUUCUCUUCCUCUUCACCCCCCCCCACUAGUCCUGUACUCUAUUCCUCCUCAUCCCACAUUUCUCUUUAA